AUGACUACCCGCAAGAGAAAGCAAGAAGCCGAGGAGGAGCUUCAGGCCCUUCCUAGCGAUGAAAGCGAAGAGGAGGAAGAAUAUGAAGACUCCGAGCCCGAUGUAGAGGAAGGAAGCGAUGAGGGCGAACAGGAGGAGGUGGAGGGAGAGUCUGAGUCUGACGAAGACGAGGAAGGAGAAGAGGCACAAGCAGAACCGAAAGCAGAAGCCAAAGACAAAGACGAAGGCGCCCCAGCAGCCAAGAAGCAGAAGACUGGGCCGAUUGUUGUCGAAGAUGACGAGGAUACCGAGAACGGCGCAAAUGGCGAAAAAGACGAGGACGAGGAGCGUGUUGAGGAGGAAGGCGUGGAAGAGAGUGUCGCUGAGACCGCCACGAAGAGUGGUCCAGCUGCCGCAGCUGCUCAGAAUAAGGGGGGUGUUGUUCCUAAGGAGUCGAAUCUGCCUGAAAUUGAGGAGGUAGCUGAGGAAGAGCAGUGA